UUGAGUGGUGGAAGUUCAAGGUCAAGGUCAUCCUUCAAGGUCAAAGGUCAAUAAUUUUUUAUUUUGUAUUUCUAAGCGGCGCAAUAAGGGGCAUUGUGUUUCUGACGAACACAUCUCUUGUUUAUUCUAUGUUUAGUUAUGCUCCCUUAUUUAACUUAUAAGUUCUAUAAAACAAUUAAUUGUGAAUUUCCUUUUAAAUUUUUAGAACUACCUAAUGAACGUGGUCCACAAGCACCUGUUUGCUACCAUCACCAACUGCAUGAAGAGAUACGACUCAAAUCUGAACAAGAAGAACCGUAACUUGGUGGACACCCGUUUAGAGAAUCUGCAUGUGCGCGCAGAGUAUGAGGAGAAUUUGCUGGGCUCGCGGAAAGAGCUGUCCAAGCUGAACGACUUCAGUACGCCUCUCGAGCGUCUACAGUGCCUCAGACAUGUCGUGACGCUUCGUACGAGGCCUGUGGAAGCUGCAAAAAGUGACGACAGUCUGCACAGGCUAAUCUGGGACAACACUUACCACAGGUCUGCACAGGCUAAUCUGGGACAACACUUACCACAGGUCUGCACAGGCUAAUCUGGGACAACACUUACCACAGGUCUGCACAGGCUAAUCUGGGACAACACUUACCACAGUGUGUGAAAGCCAUUCUGUUCUUGGACAGCCUAAGGAGUCGUGUUGAUGUAAACGCGGGCAAUGAUAUGGGAGAGACUCCACUGCACUUGUCUGCUAAGUGGGGAUAUGAGUAACGAAUACAAUGGAUUCCUGUAUGAUGAAAUGCAGGGCGUUGCCCUAGUAAGCUCUACCCUCCUGGCUAUGGACAAGAAACAGAAACCCUUCACUAGACGACCCUGCAUUGCUACGUUCAAGAUCAGCGGUUUUGACUGCGCACUGGUAAGUGUACAUCUGAAGGCAACCGUUCUGGAGAAUGAGGACAUUGGUCGACUGCAGGCAGAGAUUGACAAUAUCCCCAACCUUAUAGAGGCCAUUAGGACCGCUCUGCCAGGGGAAAAUGAUAUUAUACUGCUUGGUGACUUUAACCUGUCUCCAGAUACCAAAGAUUUUGACGAUCUUCGAAAUCAAGGCUAUCACAAUUGUAUUGCCGACGGUGUCUUCACAAACAUAAGCGACGCCAACAAAAAAGGCAGCAAGACAUACGAUAACAUCAGGAUAUCUAAACAGACAAAACAAGUGUUCACUGGUCAAUGUGACGUCGUGAGAGAGGGACUGUCCAGUCCCUGGAUCCCCAAGGGCUGGACGUGGGGCGGGCUCGUGAGUGACCACUGUCCAGUGUGGGCCCAGUUCUACACGGGCUGUGACCUUGACACUGGAGACUUGAAGAUCGGACCAGAGGCCAUUAAAUUUGCACUGACUGACUGAUGUUUAGUAAAAGAUUAGAAUAUUACAUGUUUGACUCUGGUAUGACAGACAUCACUAGUAGCGAAUUGAUAAUGCAGUUCUUUAAACAAUAAAUAGUGACAAUAUUC